GAAAUUUUCCCACUGUUUCCUCUCAACUUCCUCUCUCUUUUUCUCUCGUCAGCCUUUUGGGAGACGAAUUCCGGAUUUUUGUCUCUAAGGGAAAGAGAAUUUCUUUAUGGAUAAGAGAUGCAGAAGCUGUGUUAUUGGAUUGGUGAUGGUAGAGAAACACAAUCAUCAGCAGCCUUCUGACUCUAAUUUCGACCGAUUCACGCCUUGGUUCCGCUUUUUUCAUCUCCCCAAAUAGUUCUUCUUUCGUAUUGAUAAGAUUUCCAAGCCAACCAAUCCCCGUUAAAUUUAGGCAUGGGCUAUCUGUUGUUUUUGAGCUGGCGUGAAAAGAAAAAAUGCAACUUUGUUCAGGUCCCUCCAAGAACUGUUUCCCUCAGUUGUGUCUAGUGUUUCAAACAGAAGAGGAAGAGGACGAAAGGAACUUGUCUUCUACAAAUUUUACUUGACCAAAAAUGAAUGUUACUGCUGGCUCCCCCUUUAAAAAGAUGUCCUCAACAAGAGGUAAAGGCGAAUCAUCAGGCUGGAGUGCCUUUGAUCUCAAGCAGCGGCAGAAACAAGGUCUGGUACCUGAAACUGAAGAUGACCCUUUCCCUCCUAUGCCAAAUAGUCUGCCGGCCAUCUGUCCCUGCAUAAACCUGGCAAAAAGUAAUGAUCUUUCAGCAAGGUCUUUCUCAUCUGUGCUUAAGCCCUCUGACAACUUUCCUACUUCAAAACAGAAUAAGGAUUAUACAAAACCAAUAAACAUGGGCAAGCCUAUUGAAAAUGAUGGAGAUAAGGUAGUUGAGCAAAACAAUAAUAAUUUAGCUCUUAAAAAGCUUAAAGAGCUGCAUUGCUGGGCUGAGAAUAGUUUAAUUGAGGAUGUCUUGUUGGCUGCCGAUGGUGAUAUUCAUGAGGCCUCAGCUUUGUUGAAAGGAAUGAUGUCCAUUAGUGGCACUGAGGAUAUCAAGGAAACAAAAAAUAAUGAAAUGAGCUCCGCCAUUUCUGAUUUUCCAGGCAAUGCCUACUGUGACAGAGAAAUUUCAACAGGAAAGACUGCAAAGCUUGUUUGCCAGAGCUCUAAAGCUGAUGAAAGGGAAGACAAUCUUGACAAGUUGACAGAUAUGCAUGAGAAUAAACUCUUUGAUGAUGCUUCUAAUAUGAAGCUGAUUCUGGGGCAAUUGACGUCUAUACCUUUUGAGCCUGAGUGGGAAGAAGAUGAUGUAUACUUGAGCCAUCGAAAGGAUGCUAUAAGGAUGAUGAGGUCAGCAUCUCAACACUCUAGGGCAGCCAGUAAUGCAUUUUUGAGGGGUGAUCAUGUUGCUGCGCAGCAGCACUCUCAAAAUGCUCGAGAAGAAUGGUUAGCUGCUCAGAGACUUAAUGCUAAGGCAGCUAGUGAAAUUUUAAGAAUCCGAAAUAGUGACAAUGACUUGUGGAAGUUGGACUUGCAUGGUCUUCAUGCAGCAGAAGCUGUCCAAGCCUUGCAUGAACAUUUGAGACGGCUUGAGACCCAGGUACCAGCAGGCCGUUCAGUUUCUCCUAACAGAUUUAAGGCUAAUAACAGGAUAGUACAUUCUUCAUCUGUUGAGACAUUUAGUUCUAUGGAUAAAUUGGAUAAGCAACAGACAUCAUCUAGGCAGAGGCCUACAUCGUUACAAGUCAUAACAGGUGUAGGCAAUCAUAGUCGUGGACAAGCUGCGCUCCCUGCAGCCGUGAGAAGCUUCCUCAUAGAAAAUGGAUAUCGCUUUGAUGAGGCAAGGCCAGGGCUAAUUACUGUUAGACCCAAAUUCCGGCGUGGUUGAACAUUAUUCACUAAACUGUUGUUACUUAUUAAUUUGAAGAACUUAGUCUCAAGCAGUUCGUUGAUGGAUAAUUAAAUGUUUGGAAGUCGCCAUUGGACUUCCCUUGGAUGUCACUCAUGUACUAUGUCAGCUGCAAUGACCUUUUUGCUUCAUUUGUAUCUUUGACCUAAGGUAUAAAUAUUUAGUCAAAACUCAAAGUUUACCCCCAUGAGUAUUGGUUCGGUGGUCUUUAGUAGAUCUUGAUUAUUGA